AUGCCGCGUCGGAUCCGCGUCUUGCUGCUGCUGCUGCUGCACCUGGCCGUGCUGCUGCAGGGCGGGACGGCCGGUGCGGGCCGCCGUGUCCGAAAAAAGGCCACCAGGACCCGGCCGUGCCUGGACCUGCCGGAGGAGAUCCUGGAGCAGAUGUUCGGGCGCCUUUCGGUGGGAGUGAUGAGUGCUUUCCACCACGCGCUGCAGCUGGAGCCGCAGGACAAACUCAACCUGACGUGCCCAACCGCCGCACGGUCCCAGACCGACAGCAAGAUCCGCCUCCCGGUCAACCUGCUCAGCAUCUCCCCCUGGGCCUACAGGUGA